AUGAAAAAGAAACUGAUUGGAUCCUCAAAUGAACUGAUCGAACAUGAGAUUGACUCCCGGAAAGUUCGUGAAAAAAAUGAGGAUUUAUCGAAAAUUGUCGAUGAAACUGUUGCGAAGGCAAGGAAAAAUGAAACUGCAGAUGUGUCAUUCUACCACGCAGUAUUGGCGUCGUUUUCGGUGAUAAUUGUUUCGGAGUUAGGUGACAAGACGUGGUUCAUUGCUGCAAUCAUGGCGAUGCGGCAUUCGAGACUGACAGUCUUCUUCGGUGCCAUGGCUGCACUUGCCUUAAUGACCGCACUUUCUGCUGGUCUCGGAUGGGCAACACAAGUGAUACCACGAGCGUUGACGUUUUAUAUAUCAACUGCGCUAUUCGCACUAUUCGGUUUGAAAAUGCUUCAUGAAGGUUAUCAUAUGUCACCGAAUGAUGGACAAGACGAGUAUGAAGAGGCACAGGCUGAGGUGCAGAAGAAGCAGUUGCUUCGAGAGAACGAUCAAUUGGCUGAUCUCGAGAGUGGAUCGAAAUCACAAAAUCAGAAUUCGACGUAUGCUGUUGUGCGGUUUGUGUCAACACUCUUCUUGGAAGCAUUUACGUUAACAUUUCUGGCAGAAUGGGGCGAUCGAAGUCAACUGACCACAAUUAUACUGGCAGCACGUGAGAAUGUUUAUGGCGUUGUGCUAGGCGGCGUCAUGGGUCAUGCUCUAUGCACCGGUAUUGCUGUGAUCGGAGGGAAACUCGUUGCCACUCAGAUUUCCGUUCGAACCGGUUCGUUUCUCGUUUAUUUCCGUCUAGUGUUAAAUUAUCAAUAUUACUGCUAUCGUGGAGUGUUUUUAUCUUUCGAAAUUUACGCAUCCGUUUUCGUUUUAAUGUAA